AUGUUUGCCGUUGAUGACGAUGGUUGCGGUGGUGAACGUGGCGUGGAUGAUUGUCACGAGUGCUCGGAGGUGGUGAGUACUGGUGGCGGAGGCGGCGGCGGAGUUUGUGGCGGCGGAGGCGGUGGCAGAGGCAGUGGCGGAGGCGGCAGCGGCAGCGGCGGAGGCGGCAGCGGCGGAGGCGGCGGAGGCGGCGGAGGCGGCGGAGGCGGCGGAGGCAGCGGCGGCGGAGGCAGCGGCGGUGGAGGCAGCGGCGGUGGAGGCGGCGGCAGGGGCGGCGGCAGGGGCGGCGGCAGGGGCGGCGGCAGGGGCGGCGGCAGGGGCGGCGGCAGGGGCGGCGGCAGGGGCGGCGGCAGGGGCGGCGGCGGAGGAGGCGGAGGUGGUGGCGGCGGAGGAUGCGCAG